CCAAGUAGAGUCGCUUUCAAGCGGCUCCACAGAAAAAGACGGGCAGACUUCAUUUCUCUCUCGGCGUCAUUGGACUUGUAUCCCCCUACGACGACGACGACGACGACAAAGAAGAAACAAACAUAUUUAGAGUUUUCCCCAUUAAAUAGGAAUAAAUAAUUAUCUUUCCCUUUAGCCAUGGCCGAUACAGCUGUUGUAGACACGACCGCCACUGCAGAGGUUACAGCCAAGGAGCUGAAAGAAAAGAAAGAAGUAGAAGAGGAGACGAAGACGACGGCGGACAACGGGGACGCACCUGCUAAUGGCACAAACGGUGCCAAUCACAGUGAUGACAAAGUUGACGCAGCAGAGGAAGAGGAGCACAAGAAUGGAGAUGGCAAUGCAGACGAGGCGCCCCCUGCUGAAGAUACGGAUGCACAGCCCGUGAAGCGUGCUGCUGAUGAGGAAGAAGAGGAGGAAAAAGCGGAGACCAAAAAACAGAAGACCGAGGAGAAUGGAGAUUCAAAAGAGGCAGAAGUGGAGGCUUAAACAUUCCUUAUGCAGCCCCCCUCCUCCUCCUCUCUGGUCAACAUCGUGUUGUAGAGCUUGUGCUUUUUUCUUAUUUUUUUCCCCCCCAAAGACAUUUUUUUUGUCAUAUUCUCACAUUGCACUGAAGUUGUUGUGAAAUGUAAUGGCCAUCUCCUUUAUUUUUCUUUGUUGUUAAUUUCUUUUACCAAAUGUUAUUUAUUGGUCUUUUUAAAAUGAGCCCCUCUUAUAAACAGGGCCAUGCUAUAAGAUCAGUUAUUUCCAUUUUGAGCACAAUCUCUAUCAAGUCAGUGCUGACCAGCUGAUUCAUCAAUGUUCUUCAGGCAGCUGCUCAUGUUGACCUCUCAAGAUUCACUUUGAGGACCAAAGAUAAGUUUUAAGCAGGGGAUAAUGUUAAUAGUUUAAAAAAAAAGGACAUUAGUUAAAGCAAAACCUUUUUGUGUUUGAGCUGCUAGUUAAUGCUUGGCUUGGCUGCCCGGUUAAAAUAACAGAUGGAGCAAAUAAUAUGAAAAGGGACUCCAUAUGAUAGCUGAAGGUGGGCUUCUUUUUUGUUUUGUUUUUUGCAAUAUGAAUUAACCCCUCUUAAAUCUUAAUGCUUUGGUCAUUUUCUGUAUGCAUUCCACGCAGGUUUGUACCAUUUACACCUUUUUCGGGUUGCUUUCUUUUACAAUGAGUUUACAUUUAUGGCUGAGUAACAUGGCAUCGUGUCCAAAAACUGCCUCUCUUAAGAACCAGGAUGACAUUUUGGUCACUCCAGCCAACUGCUUUGUAUAUUCUGAAACAAAAUAAAUUGUCUUUUUACUUAA